AUGCUCUCCUCCGCCACCAUCCUGACUGAACCCUGCAGGCAGAAGAACCCCAAGGUUUCCAAACACCAGUGCACCCCAACACUUCACUGCUGCUUCUACAUGACAAAUGAGAAGUGGGAUGCGUUCAGUGAGAUGGCCACUUUGGUGAUGCUGCUGCUGGGCACCUCACUGCUGACCACAAUAGGAGCACCUGCUGUCUCCCGGCCCCCCAAGGUCCUGGCAUACCCCAGCAACUGCCAGCUGGCCCGGUUCCGGUCACUGUCCCCUCAAGAGCUUCGGGCCUUCAAGACAGCCAAGGACACCUUGGAGGAAAUGCUGCAACUGAAAGGCUGGAAUUGCACUGGGCGCCUGUUCCCAGGGAAGAGAGACCUGAGGCAGCUGCAGGUGUGGGAACGACCUGUGGCCUUGAAGGCCGAGCUGUCUCUGACUUUGCAGGUCCUGGGGGCCAUGGCUGAGCCAUCCCUGGGGCCUGUGCUGGACCCGCUCCUGCGCACCCUGAAUCUGAUCCAAGCUGAACUCCAGGGCUGUAUGCUCCCUCAGCCCACAGGGACCCCCCGACCCCGGGGUCGUCUCCAACACUGGCUACAGCGGCUCCAUGAGGCUCCACAGAGGGAGUCCCAGAGCUGCCUGGAAGCCUCUGUCACCUUCAACCUCUUCCGGCUGCUCACCCACGACCUGCGAUGUGUGGCCCUUGGAGCACUGUGUGUCUGA